AUGUCGGCCCCCACAAGCGGGCUUGCCAUCUUGGUGGAUGAAAAACGCGUCAAUGAGCUGUUGCAGCAGAAGAGCGGUCUGAAAGCGUUGUUAAGGUCCACUUUCAACACGGUGUUGUUUGUUUGCUUCCUGUUGCUUUUUACGUCUCUCGCUUUGAGCGAGCCGCGGUACAAGAUGAGGGCAUUUGAGGGCUACUUGAGGAGACGAUUUGAUACAAGCGCCGCUAUUGCGUUGGCGGACGUCUCUUCGGUGGAGAGCUUUUGGCAAUAUCACAACGCGUCUUUCAUGCCAGCUAUCUAUGGGGAAGACACGGCAAAGUACUCUUAUCCUGGAGCCGUCAUUCCCACCUGGCUGCAAGUGGAAGGGCCGAACUAUUUGUAUGGCAUGGGCAGACUACGCAUCCUCAACAUCCAGCCGAAUGUGGAUUGCCAGGUGGCUCAGCAGUUUCGGAACUAUUUCCCUAACUGCUACGGCCCUUUCACUGCCCAGGCUCUGGAUCAAGACCCGUACGGACCCACCAACGGUGAUGGGGUGGCAAGCUUCUCGUACUAUCGAGGUACGUCUGGUGAGAACUACGAGGGAACACUUGCUACUUAUCCUUCCGGUGGAUACGUGCAGAUCUUCACGCCGGACUAUCUCACCACCAACGCCAUGUUCCAAAUCAUGCGGACAGAUGGCUUCAUCAGCGAGAAGACCCGUGUGAUCUUCUUGGAGUUUGUCAUCUAUAACUUCAACCUGGGUUUGUACGCCGUGUGCCGGAUCGUGUUCGAGAUUGCAGCAGCUGGCGACUGGACCCAGACGUUCAACAUAGAUAUCCUCCUGCAGAGGAAUCUGCAACCGCUCGGCGCCGGUACAACAGAGGAUUGGCUCUUUUUGAUCCUCGAGGCAGCGUUGGUCCUCUUUGUGCUGCGGUAUGUGCUGGAGGAAGCCUCGGAGUUCAUCGGCUUCGAGACGAAGGGUACGAGGAUGCAGCUGUCCAUCAAGUGGGAUUACUUCUUGGAUGCAUGGAACAUCCUGGACUGGUUCAACCUGAUCAUGAUGAUCAUCACUGUUUGCUACAAGAUUGACACAUGGUCAAAGGCAGGAGGUCUCUUCGUAACUUCGCCGUCGGACUGGAACGACGUCACUCAAGAUCUGUACGCCUCGAACUUCCAUAGUGUUGCUGCAAACGUGCGACAGAUACAGAGCCUCGUUGCCUUUAAUACCAUCCUCACGUGGUUCAAGGCCGUCAAGUACAUCAACAUCAUUCCCUACGUGACGACUUUCAUGCAGACCGUCAGCAUUUCCCAGCAGAAUCUGUGUUCGUGGAUUGCAGUCUUCCUCAGCAGUUUGGCCGGCUUUGUCCUUGCCUUUAGCACGGCCUUCGGCGGUGACGUGUCAGUUCUGCGAACACCGUUUCAGGCUUUCAUUUUCAUCAUGCUGACAAUUCUCGGCAACAGCGACAUGAAGGUGAUCUAUGAUGUGGCGCCCUUUCUCGGAUCUCUGUUGAUCGUGAUGUAUGUUGUGGGCAUUUUCUUCGUGAUUAUGAACCUUUUUUACGCCAUAAUUGUCAGCACACUGUCAGAUGCCAAAAUAGAGGAGGAUGCCAAGCAGAAGAAGAAGUGGGCCGUCCUCCGUGACAGGCUAUCGGACACUUGGAAAGCGUUGAACCAUGGUGGCAAGCUAGAGAAGCAGUUCCGCGCAUGCGUGCCAGGGCUCUACUCUCGGCUGCUAAAACGGCGCAAGAAGGUGGAGCAGCACGAGAAAGCAAGGGACGACAUGGUGCUUGCAAAGCAGAUGAAGGUCAAGAUGCAAGACUCUACCAUUGCCCUGGGCCCCGGGAGCUCGACCUGGGGCCGCCGGCCGAAGCGGCAGCUGGCUACCGUCGCCAUCGAGGACAAGGUGGAGUCCGACAGCGAGGGCUCGGAGCCGGAUCUCGGCCCACUUCGCACGAUGGAUCAGCUUCGAGAUCAGUCCGGAGACAUGAACGAUUUCAUGCAGACGUUUGCCAGCACCGGAUCCUUCCCCAUGCUCAAAGAUGCAGGCACGACCGAUGGCCAGGAAGAUCUCAAAGACGACGCUGUGGAUCUUGUGAUCGAUGCGACCCGUCACAUCGCCAACGGAAUUGUGGAGCGGACUCGCGGUGCCCGUGGUGUCCUCCUGCACGAGAUGCAAGAGUCCAUGGAGGUCCUGAACAACGUCUCAACGGUGCUUGAGGUCUUAGGCAAGCGAACUCGGGACUUGGAAGCGCAGCAGAGACAAAUCCUGAAGAACCUCUGA